AUGCUGGUUCACCAGGAAGAGGAGGUGACCGGGGAGAAGGUGACGAGGUACCAGAAUAUGGGCCGCACAAGCCUGUCGUCUGGGAAGUCGCUCUGGGUACCAGUAACUCUUUUCUCCUUUUCGGACUUGCCGUUCGGGGAAUCCGGGCACGCUUUCCGGAGGCACAGGCUAGUGGAGGACGGCUGCGUGCCAGCGACCUGCUGGUUCUGCUCUGCCCCUAGGCCCAGCUUGGAGACUGCAGGGCUCCGGGUCCCCUCAGGCAACAACACGUGCGGCCGCUCCGACUUCUCCGGAUCCGCGCGUGCACCGCGCGCGGGGCUCGGCGGCCGCCGCGCUGCCCAGCCCGACCGCAGAGGCUCGAGGGAAACGCCCGAGGCUCAGGAAUCCUACCUUGGCUGCCGCCGCUGCCCUCCAGUCCCCGGAAUCCUGGGGCUCAGGUUCGCUCGGCCGCCGGGCUCCGCCGUGGCUUUCGCCGGCGCCGGAGAGGCGCCCACUAGAGCGCAGGCGCCACCUAGCGGGCGCGCGGGGGCGGCGCGGGGGCCGCGGCCGGGAGGUGGGAGCGAGCGCGGCCGCGGGCGGAAAUGCAGCCGGCCUUCCCACGUGGGCGGCUGGCCAGCGCGCCUGCGAACCCCGGGCGCCGACCCCCGCCGCCCCGCACCACCUUCCCUCCGCAGAGGGCGCCGGGACCCGACCUUGCUGAACUUCCUCUCGGGGGCAGCGAGGGCCAGCCAGGCCCUGGCUCCUGGCCUGGGAGCCAUCCUGGGAUUUUCCUGGCUGCGCUCAGAGAUCUGUCUUUUCAGCCGACGGCUUUUAGUGCGUCCCAGUUUGGCACAGCCUCUUUCUGAAAUAAUCUGGGAGCAUCCGAAGAUGCAAGGGACUGGGUUUCUCUCAAGCCCAGGGAGGCCUUUCCGUUCCCACCAACCCUUUCUUCUUUUUACCCCCCCUCACCCCCUUGCCCUCCUUCCUACCUUGUUCCCUCCCCUCUCUUUGGCUGAGGUUUAUUAGAC